GCUCCGCUCAAAAUGCUGAACUGCUCCGUGCCAGUCGCUGGGGUGGCGCUGAUUGGAGUCAGUUCUCGGGCCUGAGCCUCGAGGCUAGGCUCCUGGGUGUCGUUAAUGUUCGGGGCCGCCGGGCGCCCACCGAUCGGAGCUCCAGCCGCCGGGAACCGCUGGCAUUUCAGCCGGACCAUGGAAGAACUGGUGCACGACCUUGUGUCGGCCUUGGAGGAGAGCUCGGAGCAGGCCCGCGGCGGCUUUGCGGAGACGGGGGACCACGCCCGGAGUCUGUCCUGCCCCCUGAAACGCCAGGCCAGGAAGAGGAGGGGGAGGAAGCGGAGGUCCUACAACACGCAUCACCCGUGGGAGGCCGGCCACGGCCUGAGUGAAGGCUCGGACUCCAGCCUGGAAGAGCCGGGCAAGGACUACAGGGAGAACCCCACCAGCCACAAGAAGGAUCACAGCGACUCGGACGACCAGAUGCUGGUGGCCAAGCGCAGGCCGGCGUCCACCCUGAACAGCGGCGUGCGGGGGAAGCGGCCGCUGUGGCACGAGGCGGACUUGGCCUUGGACGGCCUGGGGAGCCGGAGCCUGCGGCGCCGGAGGAAGGUGAAGCGCAUGGCCGUGGACCUGCCGCAGGACACGUGCAAGCGCCCCAUGACCCAGCCCCCCGACGGCUGCAGGGACCAGGACAUGGACCACGACCGGGCGUACCAGUACCCGGAGUUUACCAAAAGCAAGGUCAAGAAGCGGAAGCUGAGACUCCCCAGACAGGGCCCCAAAACCCAAGACGAAGGCGUGGUUUUAGACAGCGAGGAGCUGAGCCAGACCAACAAGGACAAGAUGGAAUACGAAGAGCAGAAGGUCUCCGACGAGCUCAUGAGCGAAAGCGACUCCAGCAGCCUCAGCAGCACCGAUGCUGGCUUGUUUACCAACGAUGAGGGAAGGCAAGGUGACGAUGAGCAGAGUGACUGGUUUUACGAAAAGGACUCGGGCGGAGCGUGUGGCAUCACGGGGGUCAUUCCCUGGUGGGAGAAGGAAGAUCCCGCCGAGCUGGACAGACACUUGCCAGACCCCGUCUUUGAAAGUAUCCUAACGGGUUCCUUCCCCCUCAUGUCGCAUCCCGGGAGAAGAGGUUUCCAAGCUAGACUCAGUCGCCUCCGUGGAAUGCCUUCCAAGAAUAUUAAAAAGUCUGGAGGGACCCCACCUUCAAUGGCUCCAAACUGGACCAGUGAGAUUCCCCUAUAAACCAAAUCUGCUAAUGCUAAUAAAUUAGUUACGUUUUGAGCAUCUGGGGAAUGGCACCCGAGGGACCCUGGCUCCUGUCCUCUCCCCUGGAGGAGUACCAGUGAGUGGGAGCCCCCUUGAUGGAAAGCUGGGGCUGUUUGCCGGAGGCCUGGGAUCUUCCUUUAGUCAGAAGCGAACCUGGCUGGGCGGCUUUCUAGGGACCUAGGUGGGCCCGGGGUGGGUAGAAACUACUGUACAUUUUAUAUAUUUUUCUCUUUUAUGACUUUUAAAAUAUUGAAACCAUUCAUGUGUAUCACCUGCUUUGCCAAACUGCUGACAAAAGCUAGAGAAUUAAAAAUGUCUGGAUGUCACAUAAGUAUUCCUCAAUGUUUAUGUCAUGGACUAAUGGCUAAGAGCUCAUUUCUACAUUAUCUGACUGUUGUAAAUAAAAAUGGCCACACGUUCACGUUUAAAGUUCGUUUUUAGAGAAAUCGCCUAUAACCAGCAUUGUUUCAAGUAUUUGCCUUUUACUCAGGGUAUUUUAACAAGGGCUAGGAUGCGUAGUAGGUGAGGUUGCUUGUUUUUUGCCAGAGUUUGUAUUUUGUUUAAGUUUGCUUCCUACGUGGGUAAUGUGCUCUGUAUGGAAAACUCAUUGUAUUUUAUACUAUGGUAUUCAUUGUACUGCCUGCGUCACCCUAGUUUUAAACCAGCUGCUGUGAUAACUAGUGUGUGCUAGCAGAAUUAUUUACUAUUACCUUUUAAAUUAUGCGCUUUGCCCGAUAGCUGAAAGCAAUCCCAACGAUCCUUUCAGCUUAGAGCGCAUUGAAAUCAUGUGAAAGCUGAUAUUUCAGCAAACGCUGUACGACUCUGAAUCAUGUUGUCAUGUUCAAAAGUGAGAGCUGCGUGCAUGUCCUUAGAAUGACAGACCACAUGUGUCACUGUGUCAGAAGUACUUGCAUGAGCUCGCUCUCACCGCGCAGAGGGGAAAUGGAACAGCUCUGCUGAUGGCGGAAUUUAGACACUAUAUGAAAUGUUCGGGUCAUUUCGUUUUUCUGAACGGUUAUUAGUAAAAUGAUGACUAUUUUUGUUAUGUUCCAAUAAUUGAUGGAAAACUGAUUUCAUACAUGUAUUUUUAUAUUACUGUGUGGAUUGUUAAUUCAGCAUUUAAUGGCUAACUUCAAUAUGAUGAUGGAAAAGAAACUUAAAGUUGGCAUCUCCUUUUACCCAGAGUUGUUACAAUCUGAAACGUGUGGCAUCUUUUAGAUUAUUUGUCUAAACUGGGGAGAUCGCAAACGACCAAGAUAGAUUGUGUCUCUCUAUCUUCGCAUAUUUAACGUGAUGUCUUAUAGGUACAAUGUUGUGGUGUUAUGUAAUUGUAAGUAAGCUUUUCUUGUGCUAUGUCCUGUGCCGUGAGAAUUUACGACCACCGCCUCCCCCCCCCCCCCCGAAUUAUUACAUAAAUGCUUUUAUUUAGUAUAAUGACCGUCUUUUGGAUCUGAACACGUCACUUUAAAACCUUGGCCUGUGAACUCUGCCUUACCAGUCAUGAAUCGGGAUGAAUGCUCUCCAGUUCUUGGUUCAGUUUUACCUAUUUUUAUUUUUGCUUCACUGGGAUUUGUAGCCCAUUUUCUAGGCUUAUUGCAGUCUCACUGUGGUAUUUUAUAGAAGCUAUUACAAGUGAUAGGCUAGCUUCAUGGUAUUGAUGAUACAUGGCUUAGCCAUGGUAAGAGCCGCCUCUCCUCUCUAAAUUGUAAAAAGGUGAUUGAGUUUCACCUGAUGGAGAUGUGCUGUGUGUGUGUGUUUAUCAUGAAACUAGUGCAUUCGGCCAUAAACUGUUUCCCGGGUCUCCCUUUUUUGUAUUCAGAAUUUCCUGAAGACAAUGGGCUUUUUCAGGUUUUCUUUCUCUCAACCCUGAAUUGUCCUUGUUUGGAUUGUUACGUACUGUAAUCUCUCUAUUUUUUUUUUUCAAUAAAAUAUCUGACUUGG